CAAUAGUUCUAGGAACUAUGAAAAGGUUCCUCUGUGUGAAAGCCCCUAAUGAAAUCACUUCCUGUGUAAAUUUAGCACUAUAUGAAUUUAACUAUUAAAAUAAGUCAUCAUUCUAAGAACCACAGCUCAUCUGUCAAGAUGUACUGCACGCCCCAAGAAGAUAUAAUGGAAUUAGAGGGCUAUUAUGAAAAUGCUAAACAAAGAAAUGUUAUGAACACAACUGGACCUCAAAGACACUACCAGAAUGAAGGAAGACCUCAAAAUCGCAAAAGAAGUCGAUGUUUGUUGCUGAUCACAGUCUGUCUUGGGAUCCUUUGUCUUCUUCUGAUUGCUGCCAUUAUAUAUCAGCACUUUCUGUGCACUUCUAAACGAGGAUAUCUGUGGGGUCCAGAUGGUUUGUUCAUAUCCAAUGAGUUAAGGAGCUGGUCUGACAGCAGGCAGUACUGCAGGGAUCGAGGAGCUGAUCUGGUCAUUAUCGACACUGAAGAGAAGCAGAGGCAUAUAACUUCAUUCAUACAUGAGAAAAUGUGGAUUGGUUUGAAUGACAUUGAGAACAAGGGGAUCAUGAAAUGGGUGGAUAAUUCACCACUGAAACAAGGGUUUUGGUUCAAAAAUCAGCCAGAUAACAGAUAUGGAGAAGAGGACUGUAUCGCAGUGUUUCCUACAGAAGACACCCUGAACAACUGGCAUGAUUACCUGUGCUCAGAUAAGAAAAAAUGUAUUUGUGAGAAAUAGGUUUCACCCAGUCUUGUCAUGCUUUUACUUGUAUUAUCUUAUGGAAUCAAUUUCAAUAUUAUUUUGUUCACAUAUAAUACAUUAUAUAGAUUCCUGUCUUUUAAUUUCUUCAUUUAUUAACUGCUUUCAUGUAAAAGGGUGAUGCUGCACUUUACAUCUGAUGUGUUCAUGUCUUGUUCCAUCACAAGCAGCUCUAUAUUAAUAUGAUCUUAUUCUAGCUGUUAUCAUGCAUCUCAUUUGUUAGUCUGAAGGUGAAAAUCACAGUAAAUUUCAGUUAUUAAAGUGUCCCAGAUUGCUCUGAUUCACCCUAUUAUUCUGAUAUUUUGUGUCUGUGAAAUUUAACUGCUUUUGAACUGCUUCCUGUUUUAAUAAAAUAGUCAAUUUACAUUAUUAUCA